ACACGCAGAAAAGAUUCGUAAUAAGAGCAGCCUGGCCGCGUCUUGCGUAGCGUUCGCGUAGAGCAGAAAGAUACACGGUGAUGUUCGGUGAAGCGAAACGGUGUAAAGAAACGCCGCCGGAGGUGGUUUAUUUUUAAAUGCGAUUGUCGUCUUGGGUCAUGUUUAUAUGUUAAACGAGAGAACCUGGUAAACCCUCCGACCGCCGCUGAGGGUCCGGACUACACAAUAGACCAUCUCUCGCAGCGUGUUAAUUGCGGAUUAAAGAAAAGCAGGCGGAGGAGGGGACAGGAAAAACAGAACAACAAGGGGACGCUUGAUCAUUACCUAGGCUAGACAAGGAGUGGAGGGCGACAUAGGUGACAUCGCGACUGUCGCUCGGAUGAUCGUGCCGUGGAUUCUGCGACUAUGCGACGACAGUGCUGGGUGAUAGUAUUAGCGGGGAUGAUGUCGUACUUCAACCCGGAGAGAGCCCUGGGAGCCCCGCAGAGGGAAGUCUCUCUGUCCAGGGGUGCCGCUCUCUUUCCUCCACCCUACGUCAUCAUUCUCAUUUCUUGCUCUGGACUGGUUUCCUUCGUUCUUUUACUCCUGGCCUGCCUUUGCUGCAAACGCGUGGGCGUGGGAUUCAAUGAGUUUGAUAAUGCUGAGGGUGAGGAGUCUUCAGCGGCCUCCAGCCCCCCCCCUGAAGACAGCCUCUCAUCCUGCCCCUCCCUUCCUGAGGUGUACACUCUGCCCCUGCGGGACCGGCCUCUAUGCCCAGACUCUGACUCCCAGCGCUUUCGAAGACACACUCUUAAUUAUCUCCAGGAGAUCGGCAGUGGCUGGUUUGGAAAGGUGAUCCUGGCCGAGGUCCUAUGCGACUGCAGCUCCUCCCAGGCUGUCGUGAAGGAGCUGAGAGUCAGCGCCAGCCCACUGGAGCAGAGGAAGUUCCUGGCUGAAUCAGAGCCAUACAGAAGCCUCCAGCAUCCCAACGUUCUCCAGUGUCUGGGCCAAUGCAGUGAGACCAUCCCCUUCCUGCUGGUCAUGGAGUUCUGUCAGUUGGGUGAUUUAAAGAGAUAUUUACGAGCUCAGAGGAAGUCAGAUGGCAUGACUCCUGACCUUCUGACAAGGGACCUGCUGACUCUUCAGCGCAUGGCAUUUGAAAUCACAUGUGGUCUGUUGCACCUUCAUGAAAACAACUACAUUCACAGUGAUUUAGCUCUGAGGAACUGUCUUCUAACUUCAGACCUGACUGUCAGGAUUGGAGACUAUGGUCUGUCUCAUAACCAUUAUAAGGAGGAUUACUACUUAACACCAGACAAGCUGUGGAUUCCGUUACGAUGGAUUGCUCCUGAGCUGUUAGAAUUUCGUGGAGGGCUAAUUGUUACUGACCAGACUAAAACCAGCAAUGUGUGGUCACUUGGAGUAGUGAUUUGGGAGCUGUUUGAAUUUGGCUCCCAGCCUCACAGACACCUGAGUGAUGAGGAAGUGCUGACAUUUGUGAUCCGGGAGAAGAAGAUCACCUUGGCUCAGCCACGGCUGAAACUCUCUCACGCCGAUUACUGGUAUGAGGUCAUGCAGUCUUGCUGGCUUCCCCCAUCACAGCGCCCAUCGGUGGCGGACAUCUUCCUUCUCCUUUCAUCCCUGCUGGCAGCAGAAAGAGGGAUGACUCGCAGGAGUGUGGGAGAAGACGAAGAUGAAGAGGAGGACGAAGAACAUGGGGGGAGGGGAAGGAACGGAGAGAAUGAAGAAUCCUUUGAGAGGCGAUGGGACUCCCUUCGUCCGCCGGCAUUCCAGGCAGCGGCAAACGAGCGACAGAGAGAAAGAGAGGAGGAAUGCUGUAGAGGUGCAAAUGGCAACUCAUUUCCACUGUUAGACCCUGUGGGAAACAUGAUUACUCCAUCUACUUCUGAACUGGAUGACAUACUCACAGUCACAGAGACAAGUAAGGGGUUAAACUUUGAGUAUUUCUGGGAGAAGGCGCAUGGAAGACGAGGAUACAAAGCCCUCCCACCUCCACAACACAUGCAAACUGCUAAUGCUACACACAGACAUUCCCUGGACACUCCCACUGUGGUUCCCGUGAUCAGUGCUCGCAGUCCUUCUUUAGCCAGCGAGUACUACAUUCGCUUGGAGGAACAUACUCCGCAGGACAAAUCCCCCACUCUUAAAGGAAAGGCACAUUCCCUACCUGCUUCAAAAGGCCAUGUCUUGAGAUCAGACUCUAUGUGUCCUGGGGAUCUGGAACUUGUGGAAAUUCGAAGUAGCACCACAGGAAAAGAGAAAGAGGCAUUUAACCCAGAAGAUGACUUCAGUAGAGGGGAAACACUGAUUCAGACUGUGAGAUCAAGUGAGGUUAAAGUUCUGCUGCCCAACACUGGUUUGGUGGAGCUCAGUAGAGAGGGUUGCAGUAGGGUUACAGACUUUGCUGUUGUGGACGUUGGGAAUAGAGAGGAUGAACCAGAAGCAGAUGCAAAAGAAACAUUCUCCAUAUCUCUGGGAGUUCCAGCUCCUUCUCUUCUCAACAAACCUCGUUCUGUAUCAACUUCAUCUGCCAAUCACCUUCAGACACGCCCACUUCCAGCCCCUCCCCUUGGAUACCACAGAGCAUAUGGAUCAACCCACUUUUCUAGUUCCUUUCCUACUGGAAGGACAGAAAUUAUUGCUGAACCAUCACUUAUGGGAAUAAGCUCUUCGAAAACAAACUUCGAUCACCUAGGAUUCCAUCGGCUCCAUGAAGCUUUCCCACCUUCCCCCUCCCUUUCUCCUUCCAUACCCACUUCCUCUGGUCCCAUGUGUCCACCACCUCAUUCUCAGCCUCCCCCCCUCCCACCUCAUUACAAAGCUCCAAGAGGUCUUUGCAAGAACUAUCCAGAAGUUCCUGGAGAAACUUUUUUCUGCCAAAUAAACAAAGCCUCAAAUGACUCACGGCAAGACCCAGUACCCUGUGAUUUCCCUGACAGACGGCCCUUCUUAAGGCGCUCACAGUCACUGGGUAAUUCCCAGGAAGACUCGUAUCCUCAGUCAACAGACCAAGGAUCCUUUUACCAAGACUCAUUUUAUCCUAAAAUCACACGCUCUCAGUCCAUGAUUCCAGAAAUUGAGAGUGAAGGCUCCUCUAGCCCUGUGUAUUCAGAUGAAGAUGAUUCUCCAUUUUCUUCCCCCAACAAGCUGCAUUGUGGGACUCCUACUCAGCAUUUAAGACCGUCAGAUGACACGGAUCCUGCCACCAAAGAACUCUUUUCUAGAGGAAUGAGAAGAACACAGUCGCGCCUCGACACCAUUCUGCCGGCUAUCUGGAAGGAAGAUGCAGAGCUACAGAAGGAGGGAGCAUCCACAGCCAAAAAGUCCCCAAUGCACUUGUUUCUGACUGAGAUCUCCAAUGUUAAUGAAUCUAAAGAUGGAAAAUUGGAGGAGGGUUCAUGGGAUUUGGAAGGUGGACUAAAGAGUGAACUUCAGCCAGAGGGCGAUGCAGCAGAUGAUUUCAUCCUACCUGCAGAAGGGACACGUCACUCCCACUCACCGAUGACAGAGUCAGCCUCUGUGGGACAAAUUAAGUGUCCAGAAGAGACACAAACAGGCAAAGAUUAUGUCGUCAGAAAGGGAUCUAUUCAAAGGGAAUUAUUCCUUACUGAAAUUGACACAGGGAAGAUCGAUACAGAUAGAAGCACAGCUGUGGAUGCAGACUCAUUCCAGGAUGUGCAGCCUGACUGGGAUUCAAAAUCCUGCCCUGCCACGCAUUCUUCUAAUCUUCCUACCUACACAGAAGUAGACGAAGCUUUCCCCAGAGAGAUGAAAAGGUCUUGUUCCUUGAUCUCGGAAAUAAACCCAGACAGAGAAAUCUCUGAGCUCCAUAACAAGGAAAUGAACAGAGAAGCUGUUCUGGGGGUCAUUCAGUCAGCUGAGACAUUUUUGACAGAGAUUAUGACCAAAAAAGAUGGAUCAGUAUGUGCUUCUGCGGAAAAAGACUUUUCUCCGGAAACCUGCGAUCCUCUUUCACCCGAAUAUGAAUCAAUAUGUAUAGUUCCUGGUUCAUCACAGACCAUCAUUUAUCAGUCAGAAAAACCAGCAAGUGCUGCAGAUCAGCGCUCUGCAAAUGCAACCGAAGCUAUUUAUGCACAAGUGACAAAGCGUUCAAAGAGGCCCGAGAUUAAAGUUACAAUACGGCCUGAAAUUCCAGUACUGCAAAUAGGAUCUGACAAAGUGACAGCAGAAACCCAACAACUGGAACAAAGAAGUUGCACCCCUGAAGGAACUGCCACCAUUUUUCCUUCUGGGAAUUCACAAGUUGCUGCCAUGUCCAACUUAGCAUCUCACCAUAAAACUCAAUCACCAUGCAAUUCUGAUUCUCGUGCUCAAACUGAUGGUUUUGUCUUCUCAGAAAUAAUGCCAAAGAAUGGCCUUCUGCUAGAACAGAUGACUCCUGGAAUGAAAGAAUAUUUAGCACAUGGCAAAACCAGCCCUUCAGGGUCAGAAGAAAACGAAACAAACGCCGAGGUGAAAUCCAGACAAACUGAGCAAGUACAGGAAGUAUCUGUAGACUGUCCUGAUAUCUCUUCCACUUUACGGCAAGAAUUAAAAUCUCAGCAGAUAGUGGACUUUCUGGGAGAAUCAGAAUCAGUCAAGUCUCAACAAAAAGUCUGUGAAGAUUCCACAAAUGCAGAGGUUGUAAAUUAUGUUGAUUCUAGUGACUGUCUUCCCACAUCAGGGACUGACUGUGAUAGAAACAUCCAUGCAGAAAAGGAGAGUGGUGGAGAUCAAAUUGAGAUGUGCAUAACUGGACCUCACAAGGAAACUCUAAGAGUGGAAGACAAUAUUUUGCACAGCCUAACAGAUACACUACAGCUGCAUCUGAGUAAUUGCAAACAGACUGUAAAAAGUCACGAUUCCCCAUUCUAUAUGGACGCUUCAAUUACCAGCUUGAAAUCAAAUGAUCCUGACAUUUUAAAUGAAGCAAAGUUUCUAUCACGAGACUCGAAUGAAUCAGAUUUGGGUAGAGAUGUGGACGUGUUCUCAGUAGACACAGAUAUAAUGGACAAUUUGAAACCCGUCUCACAAAAAGGAAAUGCUGUCAGUUGUCCAGAAGCAGAAUGUGAGAUCAUGAGUGAGCAUCAUCGUUCAUUGCCACAUGUGGCUUCGUUGCCCUUAGUCUGGGACCCAGUGUCCGAUCCCUCUCUUUCUGUAAAUACUCCGACAGAUUCUGCCAUGUCACCGUUGACGUCAAGCUCUUUGGAUUGCCUGACACCAGGUGAUCCUUGGGGUGGGGGAGGCGCUGGAGGCUGGAGAGCACUGGGAACUGAGACUCCUCACAGGGACUCUGCUUAUUUCUCUGACAGUGACUGGGAAGCAGAAGGUGUGGGUAGAAGAGGUGGAGAUGGGAUUAUUCUGUCUCGACCUAGCAGUAGUCGAGGUGGAGAAAGGGGGACGCUGAUGGAUAUAGAAGAGAAGAUGGAGGCAGAAGAGGAAGGCGAACCAUGGCGGAACGGCUCUAAAGCUGAGCUGAAUGAAACUGAGAGGGAGGCGGAUAGAAUUUAUAAUCAAAAGUUUGGGAUGGAGAGAGAGAUGCAGAAGGAGAAACAAAGUAGCUUGGUGCAGAUAAUGGCGAUUUCAGAAAGUGCUGAACAGAAGGAAUGUGCCCAUGAUGGCAGUAAUGGAUCUCAUCUAAAGGAAUUUACGGGUCUUGACAUUAAUUUUACAGAGGAGAUAAGUGACAAACCAAGCUGGACAAAGACGAGUGACCUGGGAGUACUUAAUUGUCAUGCAUCACCAUCUAAAGCGUGUGCUAGUGAAGAAAAUACUGAAUUUAUAGCUAAAUUCUUCUCAACUUUAGACAGUGAAUCACUGAAAACUUUCCCAUGCGGAGAUGGACCUGAUCCAGUUUCUCUUGGAGACACUAAGGAGAUAAGCUCUAAAGCUCCAGUAAAUAAAGAUUUUAUAUCAGUAUCUGAUACAAUUCCUGAAAGGGAGAGUUUAAAAGAAAUCAGUGAUGCUCGGUUGUACCCACAGAUGUGGGGAAAUGAGCCAAAAUCAAAACAGGGUGUCCUAGAUUCUGAGUCAUAUUUGAAAUUUGCAGAGAAAAAAGACAAGAAGGAUUCAUUGACCGAAUAUACUGUUGAUGGAGAGUCUAGAUUAAGUAAGUUCUACAGUGUUCCUACUAAUGCCAUAGUACCAAAGGACCAAGUGCUGGACUCCAGCUAUAGGGAGUAUGCAGACAAAACAAAUGUACAUUUGACUCAGUGUUACUGGGAAGAGGGAAGUGUUGAAACCCCAGGAAGACUAAACUGUGAGUUAGAAAUUGGGCACACAGAUGCCAAUGAACUUGGCCUGAGGAAUCUUUGUUACUCUGAAGACAGUGACGAUGAAAGAGCAAAAGCAAAAUCAGAUACUGAGAAACAGUUAGCGGUUGGGGAACUGAUCUUCACAGCUAAGGAAAACCUGAGAGAUAACAGGCAGGGUGAUACGGGGCCGAAAGAACCAGCAAACAGGGUUCCGGAAAGCAUCUAUUUCCUUAGAGAUGUUAAUAUCGAGUCUAAGGGGUUGGAUCUAAAAACCAAGGAACUGUGGGAUGCCAUGGAGGAUCAUGAAGAGAGCAGUGGAGUGACGGUUACGGGGGAGUUGGAUUGUUAUCGAUUCCAACAAGGAAACCUACAUCUAUGGCCAGUGGAAAAUGACCAGUGGGCCUUAGCGGAGACCCAAAACUCAGAGGCUGAAUUAGGCAGUGAGCUCCUUCCAGGGGUUAGCAAGGAGGCGUGGGUUAGCAGAAAUAAAGAAAUUAGAGGACAUAGUUUUUGGGAGGUAGAUAAGAACGAUCAGUUUGCAAAGAGUGAGCCUCACCCUGCCAGUCUGGAAAAUGAGGAAGCAGUGAAAGAUGAGCGGCAAGGAUGGAGAAACUCAGAAACGCAGUGCCUACCUAAAAAAAAUGUUGGGCUCCUAACAGAUCAAAAACAACCUGCUAAUGCAAUAAUAGAUAUACAACAAGAAGAAAAUGUUGAAAAUCCAGAAAUAAAUUCUGGACAACAGGAUAUCACAGAUGAAUGUCCUAUUUUAGAAGUGGAAAACUUGGAAAACCCAGAACAAGAGACACUGCUAGACGUGAAGAGAGACUGUAGUAUACAUAUGGAUAUAAACAGGGAUUUGGAAGUAGGUAAUACCGGCGUUAACUUAUCCUUACAGAAGAAUCAAGGGCUAGACCUUACUGAAGAGAAUUAUAACUUCAAUAGCUGUUUACUGGUUGAAGAAAAAAAGCAAGACGUAGACACUGUUGGGUUACAGAAUAGUCUUGGACUUCCUGAUUCAUUCAUGACUCACAAAGGAACAAAAAACAGGCAAUGCUCUCAAAUAACUCAUUACCAAGUAAACAGAGAUCAAACAAAAGAUGCCAGCAAGAACUAUGAGGCUGUAAUGACAAGAGAAAAUGCACUGGAUAUGCGUAGUAAAGAUAAACUUUUGGACUUGGAAGAUCAACUUCUGCAUAUGCCAGAAAACAUGCAUACAAGCUCAUCCAUUUUUAGUGGGAGUUUACUUCAGCAAAAUGUCUCACAUUUGGGAGAUAAUGGUCUUAAAACAGACAAAAGUGCUCCUGGCCUAAUUUUGCAGGAUUUGUUGUCUGUGAAGCCUGUAGAGGACAAAUCCACUGAAAAUUUUGGUGACAGCAAAACCCCAAAGGUUGACCAUCCAAAUUAUCCACAAAGUCUGGAGCUAGGAUCCUCCUUGGCCAGUAAUCAGUCAGACGUUCCAGCAAGCAUAACAGAAUCCCAGGCUAAGCAGCAAAAGAAUAUGUCCCAGAUGUUAGAUAAAAUUUCUGUUCCUGAUUGCAUGAUCAUCCAGAAUCUGACAGAUACUCCUCGCCCACAAACUGAAAUGACUUCCCAGUCAACAACUGUACCAGAAAACCAAACAGAGAAUCAACAAUCCAUGAGUACGGAAUGUACCGUAGAUGAUGAGAAGGGUCCACAGCCUUUUAGCUCAAGUGUUGAUUUUUCCGGUGCUGCAAAAAAACAGUAUUCCGGAAUGUCUGAAGAAACUGGUACUAAUCAGUCAAACCAGUUAACUGUUCAAAACACAGCCCAAAAUUCAAGCAAUUCAGUUCUGGUUGACAAAUUAGUGACAAGCACAAGUAUGGCAACAGACUACCAGUCUGACAUGAAUCUCAGCCAUCCUUCAGGUUUGAACCCUAAAGAGUGUACACUUCCUCAGCAGUCCGCUUCCAGUUCUUUCAGAGGAAUAUCUACACAUCUGGAGUCCUCAACAAAGCAUUUAGACCAAGACACUCAACCUGCAUUACCUGAGCUUUUCUCCCUCCCAUUCUGCGGUACGGAUCAAGAUAGCAAAAUUUCUCCAUCCCCAAAGAUCUCCCCCCAAGCAUUCUCCCAGUGCUCACUCAGUUCAAUCCCUGAGUUAUUGAUCUCCGAGUGGAAAGACUUGGAUGAAGAGCCUUUGGAAGACUUUGAGAAACUGGAACAGCUUUGUUGUAUAUCAGGUGAUGAAGAAAGCCUUGGUGACCUCUUCUUAGGGAACUUAGAACUAUUGGAGUCCCUCAAAAAGACUCCAGAGAAAAAAUCCAAGGAUUUUGUCGACAAAGAUGAUGACAACAAGAUGAUUAAUUCUUUAAAAGAAGAAGACCGCUUGAAACUAAGAAGAGAAGUUGAUGUAGACACUGAAAGUUUAACGCCUACAUCAAAAAGGCCUGAAAAGUGUCUAAGGUCCAGUUUGUAUCAGCCUGAAUCAAAUCAGAUUGUUUCAGAUUCUCUGUCUAUGUCUGAGUCUUCUUUUGGACAUAAGAAAUGUGGUCCAGUAGGUCCUUCACUGGUCUCACCAAGUACUGCAGCCGAAAAUACCAAGGGACCAAGUCAAUUGUCAAAGAUGCCAACAAAGAAUGGUUUAAUGAUGCAGGUGUGUGAGGAGAGGCUGCAGUUCUCCCUCAGCGAGAAUGUCAAAAGAAACAUAUUAUGUGGACCAACAGUGAGUGAGGCGGUCAUUCUUCGUCCCUGGGGAGAACCGACAGAUGAAACCGACACCAAAAUGAGAGAAAAAGACGGCGAAGAUAGUGACCACAGCAGUAAGUCCCAACUAUCAGGCCAGCCUGGGAUCUCAAUCGAUUCGUCAGUGGCCAGCAGUGGGUCAUUCACUGUGAUUGGGCAGGAGGUCACACCACCUUUGGCUGUGACAAAUCAAGCAAUGAAAGCCAAACUGGCUCGCCUGUCUCUCUCCCUGCCCCCCCUUGCACUCUCACUCCCCCUCUCCACAAACAGGGUGGGAUUUUGGGAAACGGGAACGGGAACGAGCAGAGAGAAAAGUGGGCGGAAACGGGGUGCAUCAACUGGAAGUGACCCUGAUGAUGAGGAGGACGAGGACCCAGAUGAGGCCGGGAGGGUGAUUGUCGUCACAGAGACAGAUGUUGACAGGAGAGCGGGCUUGAGGAGCUUGCUGAAGUCACCACGAGAACCGAUGGAUAAAGAGAGAGAGCGAGCAAGAAACGUUUCCUUUUUCGAUGAUGUCACCAUCUAUCUGUUUGAUCAGGAAACUCCAACCAAUGAGCUGAGCACAGGCUCUGAGUCCAACAGUCCUUCAAUGUCUCAUGUGUCAGGUGGUGCCCAGAACUCUGAGGUGUCAGGAGCGAGUGCUCUGGAGUCCAGAGAAAGUGCUGACCUGUCAAUCAACGGCAGGGUGCCAGCGACUCAUCCUAUGACGUCGUCCCGCUUCACUGUCAGCCCCGCCCAUGAUCCUCACUUAGUCUGAUGUGUUUUUCUAUUUUGCCUCAGCUGAGUUCUUGACAAGACGUAUUGGACAAUGUCUAAAGGUAUUUCUCCUGUCAACAUCUGAUAACAUAAUUCCAGUCAAGAAAUAAAAAGGUUUAGCCAUCCUAGAAAUUUGUAACGAGCUAGAUUUGCUCAAAAACGACCUUGCUGCUUUGUCCUCAGUACAAAGUAUCAUGUGAAAUGGAUAACUGCCAUUUUGUGGGAGUCUUUUUCUGUGGCCACUCACCUUUUUAUUCUAAACUGUCUUUGCCCUGUACUCCCCUACAGGAGGCACUUUGCUUCGUAUGUACAGGCUUAAAUUGAAGUUAUAUAUUGUUAAAAAAAAAAAAAAAAGUUAAUCAAAUGCGUGUAAGUACACCUGGGGAUGAACCCCAGUGGAGCAUUUUGAGUGAACUCAUUCAGCAUUUGUAUUUUUAAUAAAUGUCGUGAAUUUAUCACAUGUAUACAAAGUCAUUUUUGCGUUGCGUUAAUUUUUUUAAUUACUGUUAGGAAGCAUGAUUCUCUUUGCAGUCUUAUUUUAUACAUUGUUCCACAACGUCAGGUUUGCAUCACAUUUCUUUACUCAUUUAUAUGUUUGUAUUGUUGUGAUAUUGUCAUGAUAGAAGUUCUUACUCAUUUGUUAUAAAAAAAUAACUUGGGACUUUAUGCACCUACUAAUGAACAUAUUUCUUGGUAUAUUUCUCUUUCCAACAAAUAAUAGAGCAAAAUAUUUUUGCAAGCCCAUUAAAUGCCAGAAUAUUUGGUCUUAUUUUAUCUUUCUGUAUUCCUCUUUGUAUUUUCUACUUAUAUGUUGCUUUUUAUUUGCUGUUUGUUUUAUAAAGAUAAGUUACCUUUGUCUUAGUUAUAUUUUCAGGAAGGAAUGUAGCUCAAAACAGGAAAGAAUAAGAUUCUGACUAACAGAAAUGUCUAUUGGUAGUUGUAUUUAUUUGUUAUUAUUACAUAUUACUAUCCAGUCAGCAGCCCAUGUUGGAUGAGUACAUUUAGUUGUUUCAUGAUUUACCAAUUUAAACUUCUACUGUUUAAUUCAGGGGCUUCAUGAUCUACUGUAUAAAAAAAUGUGAGGGGAAAAAAACAUGGAAAAAACUGUGAAACAUUUGUUGGAUGCGAAUAAAUUGUACUGUCUUCUA